GGACAUCACUUUACGUCCUGCGGUCUGAUCCUCUCGGGAAUCAUCGGAACUGAUGGGACAUUUAAGGAUGUUUUUCCCUGAUGUCUCAUAUUCACUGCUGUUGUUGGGAAUCUCGUGUCUGACUGGCUUCACUAAGACUUCACAGGAGUUCUCAGGUUAUCUGUCGCGUGUGCUGAGGAAUUACACCGAACAGGCGUGUGACGGAGAAUUCCUGACUGUUCGCUGCCCGCCCAGAACCUCCAUCACCGUCCAAUCGGCUUUCUACGGCAGAACAGACCCCGCACACUCACCUCAGUGCCUGUCCCCUUACAGCAGUGCUGGACCACUCUCAGUGCAUGACAUCACUUCCUGUCAUGUGUCCACAUCCUUGCAGGUGAUGACAUCACGUUGCCAGGGGAAACGCUCCUGUGUGGUCCGAGCCUCGACACAAGAGUUUGGCGACCCUUGUUACCACGGCACCCACAAAUACCUCAGCAUCAUCCACACCUGCG